AUGCAAACAGAAGACGUUUUUAUCAUUGCCGGAGCGGGCAUUGGCGGCUUAGCUACCGCGCUAGCGCUUCAAAAGAAUGGAUUUUCGUAUGAGAUUUAUGAACGUGAUGCAGAUUUUUAUUCACGUCGACAAGGUUAUAGUUUAACAAUUCAAAAGAAUGGCUUCGAAGCGUUACAAGAACUUGGCGUAGGCGAACACGUACGAGAAAUGGGCAAAGACUCGGUAAUUUGUGGAACAACAACAUAUAAUCAUCGCGGCGAAAUUAUUUUCUCUAAAGCAAAGCGAAAGAACAAUCGAUACGAUUUCAAUAAUUUUGCAGUUCCACGACAAUCUCUCCGCGAAUGUUUAAUGAGAGAAUUGAAGCCAAACAUAAUUCAGUGGAACAAGGAAAUACUUCGAUACGAACUGAUCGAAGGCGAUCCUCAUCGGAUUCAAGUUAUCUUUACUGAUCAUACGUCGACAUUUGGCUGUGCAUUGAUCGCUUGCGAUGGAGUUCACAGUGCAAUUCGUAGGCAAGCGUUAGGUGACGAUUUGAACUAUCUUGGCGUAUGGGCGAUCAAUGGUAUUGCAUCUCAUCAACAAAAUCCAAUUUUCGUAAAUCAAACUGUUCAAAUGCUUGAUGGAAAAUCUCGUUUGUUUAUCAAGCCUUAUUCUCUUGAUAAAUCCAUGUGGCAAUUGACCUUUCAAGUGUCGAAAGAUGACCAUACUUACAACCAGAAUGAUCUGAACGAUUUAUUGUGCAAGGCGAAAUACACUACGAAAGACUGGCAUGAACCAAUGAUGAAACUAAUCAGUGAUACAUCAGUAUCUGAUGUUCGUGCUGGUCCCAUUUUUGAUCGAGAUCCAUUAGAAACUAUUGGAAAAGAUCUAGCGUGUGUAACCAUGCUAGGCGAUGCUGUGCAUCCAAUGAGUCCUUUUAAAGGCCAAGGUGCUAACCAAGCAUUGAUGGACGCUAUUGAUUUAGUGAAGUUUCUGAUGAAGUAUAGAGGAAAAAGAAAUGGCGUUGAACAAGGGUUUUCUGACUUCGAAGUUGAAAUGCUCAAACGUUCAAAACGCUAUGUUUUACAAUCAAGAUCAGCCGUCGAGUUUCUUCAUACAAACAAUGCGUUGCGAAACGAAACUAUGUCUCAAUUUGUUAGAGAAAAGCUUCUACAAGAAUAA